AUGUCCCUAACUGAGAACUACAAGCUAUUUACGCCGCUGCAGAUGGGCAAUAAUCUCGUGAUCAAGAAUCGCAUCGUGCUUGGACCCGCCACUCGCGCCCGCAUCAACCCAGCCAGCCAUGCUCCUAACGAGAUGAACGCUAUCUACUACGAACAGCGGGCUGGAGCAGGACUCAUCAUUUCGGAAGAACAGGCCGCUGGGUGGAAGGAGGUUGUCGAUCGAAUUCACCAGAAAGGAAGCAAAAUCUUCGUGCAGCUGUGGCACAUGGGCCGGCAAUCACACCCACUAGCAAUGAACGCUGACGGCGAGAGUACGGGCUUCGAGCGAGCUCGCGCGUUGACCCUCAACGAGAUUCCCGGUGUAGUGGAGCAGUACCGCAAAUGUGCUGAGCUUGCCAAGAAGGUGGGCUUCGACGGUGCCGAGGUGCAUGCGGGUAGCGGAUAUCUCAUUGAUCAGUUCUUGCAAUCUUGCACAAACGAGCGCACGGAUCAGUACGGAGGGUCGUUCGAGAACCGCUAUCGGCUUCUUCACGAAAUUGUGGAAGCUGUUAAGACCGUGUACCCGUCGGAUCACAUUGGUGUUCGAGUCUCCCCUUCGAGCAAGUACGGUGGCAUGGGCAGUGUUGACAGCCCGGAGAUGUUCACGUACGUUUUCCAGCGCUUGUCCGAGCAUGGACUGGGGUACCUGGCGAUCUUGGAUGGCUUUGGCUUCGGCUACUCAGACAAGAGUCGUCUGAUGACUACACUCGACGCCAAAAUGCACUUUAAGGGAAUCGUGAUGGCCAAUUGCAGCUACACAUGUGACACUGCGGAGGGCGUGAUUCGCAGCGGGGCAGCUGAUCUCGUGAGCUUUGUACGAGGAUUCAUGUCAAACCCGGACCUGGUCGAGCGGUUCCAGAACGACUGGCCGCUCAAUGAUGAGCUCGAGUACGAGUUUUACUGGGACCCUUCAAAGGGCAAGGAGGGCUACAUUACUCCUCCGUCCUACCAAUCCGGACGCCCCUGCCCGCUGAAGAAGCUGAUAAUACCACACUUCUAA